GUUGUGCUGAUGAACAUGGGAGGUCCUUCAACCAUCCCAGAGGUUGGCGACUUCCUGUACAGGUUGUUCUCUGAUAAAGAUUUGAUCAAUCUCGGAGUCGGUAGCUUCCAGCCAUGGUUAGCGAAGUUCAUCACGAGUAGACGUACGCCAAAGAUUGAGAAGUACUACUCCGAGAUUGGGGGCGGAUCUCCAAUCUUGAAAUGGUCGAAGUACCAGGCCCAGGAAGCUUGUAAGAUCCUUGACAAGACGAACCCUGAGACUGCUCCUCACAAGCCUUACGUUGCCUUCCGUUAUGCUCAUCCGUACACGGAAGAGACCAUCCAGCAAUUGCACAAGGAUGGGAUGACAAGGGCUAUUGCGUUCUCACAAUACCCACAGUUCAGUUAUUCCACCACUGGGUCGACCUUCAAUGAGCUCUGGAGACAGACUCAAAUCCACGAUCCCGAGAGAAAGAUUGAAUGGACUGCCAUUGAUCGUUGGCCAACACAUCCAGGCCUGGUGAAGGCAUUUGCAAAGAACAUUAGGGAUAAGUUGGCUGAGUUCCCGGAAGAUGUGAGAGGCGAUGUCAAGAUCCUAUUCUCUGCUCAUUCCUUGCCUAUGGACGUCAUUAACAACGGUGAUGCUUACCCUGCUGAAGUUGGUGCUACUUCGUACGCAGUGAUGGAGGAACUCGGGUUCAGCAAUCCUUAUCGUGUGCUGUACCAAUCACAGGUUGGCCCUAAGCCUUGGUUGGGUGCCCAGACUGCUGUUUUCACCAAGAGAAUCGAAGAGAAAGCUGCUGGAAUCAUCAUUGUUCCUAUCGCUUUCACAAGCGACCACAUCGAGACUCUUCACGAGAUUGAUAUCGAAUUGAAGAGUGACUCUGAUUUCCCCGAUAAGAUUAAAAGGGCCGAUUCCCUCAACGACUCGCCAAUCUUUAUCGAAGGUCUUGCUGAUGUGGUCUCGUCACAUCUUAAGUCUGGUGAGCUAUUCUCUAAGCAGUUGCCAUUUGAUUGUGAAAUUGGUACUGGAACAGACAUCUACAACCAUCCAUCUGAGAUGUUUGGCGAUCAUUACAAGGGAGAAAGCAGUUGA